AUGAGCUCUAUUCGAGUAGUACUCGGAUUGGUAGCUAGCUUGGAUCUGGAGCUUGAACAACUAGAUGUGAAGACUGCAUUUCUUCAUGGAGACCUAGAUGAAGAAAUCUACAUGGAGCAACCAAAAGGAUUUGAGAAGACUGGAAAGGAGCACAUGGUUUGCAGAUUGAAGAAGAGUUUGUAUGGACUGAAACAAGCUCCAAGACAAUGGUACAAGAAAUUUGACUCCUUCAUGGAGAGUCAUGGAUAUACCAAGACUGAUGCAGAUCAUUGUGUGCUUGUUAAGAAAUUUCCAGGUGAUAAGAUCAUUAUCCUUUUGUUAUAUGUAGAUGAUAUGUUGAUAGUGGGACAUGAUAUGAAGUUGAUUGGUGAUAUGAAAAAGGAUUUAGCAAAAUCCUUUGAAAUGAAGGAUCUGGGCCCUGCGAAACAAAUUUUGGGCAUGCAGAUCAUGCGAGACCGAAAAUCCAAGAAUUUAUGGUUAUCGCAAGAACGUCAGAGCGCAUUGAAUUUAAGUAAGAAUGCGAUGUACCACUCUCGCACGAAGCACAUUGAUGUCAGAUAUCAUUGGUUACGUCAAGCAGUGGAAGAACAACAAUUCAAGUUGGAAAAGAUUCACACUGAAGAAAAUCCUGCUGACAUGAUGACGAAAGUUGUAACAGGAGGAAAGCUCCAGCUUUGUGCCGAGUUGAUCGGCAUGGAAUGCAUGUGA